AUGGCCUCUGAGAGGGAAAGUUUUGACCUCUCGGGACCUUUGCAUUUGACUUAUGUUUUAUGGGAUAAUCCAUAUCAUCGGAUGUCAGUUGCUGCUUGUUUGGUUCAAGGUGUUUAUAUUCUAGAAAGGGACCGGCAAGAAAAUCGCCAAGGUUCGGAUGCUCUCGCGCCUCCUUGGUGGACAUUUUUUCAUUUUCAACUACUUCGUCCACUUGUAGAUGAUGUUGAUUCUUCUAUCUUUGGUGCAAUCUACGAGUUCAAACCUCCGUCAUCUCAAUCUAACGACACAUUAUAUCGAAGUCCACGUUAUGUGAUUGCCUUUCGAGGGACUCUAACGAAAGCACACUCGGUUUCACGCGAUGUUGAGUUAGAUAUCCAUUUCAUCCGACAGGGACUUCAUCAAACUACGCGCUCGAACAUAGCUGUUCAAGCUGUUCGAAACACAGUAGCAACUGUAGGUGAUUCAAAUGUUUGGUUGGCCGGACAUUCCCUAGGAUCAGCAAUGGCGAUGCUUACCGGGAAAACCAUGGCUAAGGAUGGAAAUUUUAUCGAAUCUUUUCUUUUCAACCCUCCCUUUGUAUCUGCCCCACUUGAAAAGAUUAAGGAUGAGAGAAUAAAACAUGGGAUUCGAUUCGCUGGAAGCGUGAUAACAGCCGGACUCACAUUGGCUAUGAAAGCCAAGCAGCCGAAGGAUCUCUCUUUGGAUCCAUUUACUGCUUUGUCUGCGUGGGUUCCGUGUUUAUUUGUGAAUCCAUCUGAUCAUUUAUGUUCGGAGUAUAUUGGAUAUUUUGAACACAGGAGAAACAUGGAGGACAUUGGUGCGGGCGUGAUUGAAAGGCUAGCAACUCAAAACUCGCUCGGUGGACUAUUGAUGGGCGCAUUCGGGAAGGAAUAUUCUGAACCGUUGCACCUCAUUCCUUCGGCUUCUUUGACAGUUAAUGUUGCACCUGCAUCUGAUUUCAAAGAAGCUCAUGGGAUUCAUCAGUGGUGGAAACCUGACUUGAGCCUGGACUACAAGCUCUACAAUUACAAAUAG